AUGCUUCUAAGCUUUACUAAACGAAAAAUGUCUAGUUUAAGAAAAGAUCAACUUGUUUCCACUUACGAAUCUGUCAAAGCAGCCAUUGACUCAUAUGCCGAAGAGAAGGGAAACAGUGAUGUUAAGCUACUUCCAGUUUCUAAAUUGAAGCCUGCCUCAGAUAUUCAAAUCCUCUAUGAUCAUGGUGUUAGGAGUUUUGGAGAAAACUAUGUUCAGGAGCUCAUCACCAAGGCUGAAAUGCUCCCUAAAGAUAUCCAAUGGCAUUUUAUCGGCGGUUUACAGACAAACAAGUGCAAAGACCUUGCAAAAGUUGAGAACCUAUAUGCUGUCGAAACAAUUGACUCUUUGAAAAAAGCCAAGAAGUUGAACGAAGCGAGGUCUAAGUUCCAGCCUGAUGCUCGGAAAAUUAUGUGCAAUGUGCAGAUCAACACCUCAGAAGAAGGCCAAAAGUCGGGUCUCUUUGAGGAGAAGGAAAUAUUUGAGAUUAUAGAAUUCUUUUUAUCCGCUGCGGCGACACAUGUUGAACUAAACGGGCUUAUGACGAUUGGGUCUUGGGAUACAUCCCAUGCAGCAAAUGAAGUUAAUGACGACUUUGCAACACUUUGCCAGUGGAAGAAGAAAGUGGACCAAAAAUUUAACACUCAAUUGAAAUUGUCCAUGGGGAUGAGUUCCGACUUCAAACAAGCUAUUAAUCAGGGAACGUCAGAAGUUAGAAUCGGGACUGAUAUAUUCGGUUCCAGACCUCCAAGAAACGAAGCUUCGAUCUGA